AGAAAGGAAGGACUCCCAAUCCUGACAUAGUUUGCAACAAGCAUAUCAAAUUCAGCUGUUUUUUCCAUUAUGCUGUGGAUAAUCUCGGAGCAGACGCGGUCGCCACAGGUCACUAUGCCAGAACCUCACUGGAAGAUGAGGAAGUCUUUCAGCAGAAGCGCAUUAAGAGGCCAGAAGGGCUUUUCAGAGAUCGAUUUGAAGUUAGAAAUGGUUUCCCAAGAUGCCCUGAGGAGAACCCUCUUCCCUCUGGGGGGAUUAACGAAAGAUUUUGUCAAGAAAAUAGCUGCAGAGAACAGACUUCACCAUGUGCUUCAGAAGAAAGAGAGCAUGGGCAUCUGCUUCGUCGGUAAAAGAAAUUUUGAAAAUUUCAUCCUUCAGUAUCUGCAGCCUCGGCCUGGUAAAUUUAUUUCCAUAGAAGACAAUAGAGUUCUGGGAACACAUAAAGGUUGGUUCCUGUAUACUUUGGGCCAGAGAGCCAGGAUAGGCGGCUUACGCGAGCCCUGGUAUGUGGUGGAGAAGGACGGCACCAAGGGUGACGUGUUUGUGGCCCCCCGGACAGACCACCCGGCUCUGUACCGGGACCUGCUGCGGACCAGCCGCGUGCACUGGAUCGCAGAGGAGCCGCCCGCCGCCCUGGUCCGCGACAAGAUGAUGGAGUGCCACUUCCGGUUCCGCCACCAGAUGGCGCUAGUGCCGUGCGUGCUGACCCUCAAUCAAGACGGCACCGUGUGGGUGACGGCCGUGAAGGCCGUACGGGCCCUGGCCCCGGGACAGUUUGCCGUCUUCUACAAAGGGGAUGAGUGUCUGGGCAGCGGGAAAAUCCUGCGCUUGGGGCCGUCUGCCUACAUACUCCAGAAGGGCAAGAGCAAGUCCAGGGUGUCCACCGAGGGCCCCAGCGAUGGCCCGGGCAGCGGCCCAGGGUUGGAUCCCACGCUCUGA